GUUUGAUAACAACGCAACAAAAAAAAAACGAAGGCAGUGCUAAUCGCAGACAGUCCUUCGAUCUGCGAUGCAAUGGCUAUGAAACCACAACUACAUAGUGUAAUAUUUCCCGUGCAGAUGUUUAUUUUGUGACUCUUGUCGAUUCCGAAGACAUGGCUGAGAGGCAUCGUUCAGAACUGGUGGCCCAGGAGCGGAGUGGACACACGGCUGUAGUGGAAGACAACCUCCUGUACGUGUGGGGAGGCUACGUGACAGUUGCUGACGAUGAAGUUUUUCUACCAAAUUAUGAAAUCUGGAUCUAUGACAUGGACCGAGGCCUAUGGGAAAUGUCCUCCAUGAGGGGAGAUGUGCCACCAGCCAUGUCAGGCACUUGUGGCUGCUCUUUAAAUGGACAUAUGUACAUAUUUGGAGGUUGUGACAACAAUGGCCAGACCAAUGAGAUAUACAGUGUCAACCUUCUGGAUGCGUUUUACACUUGGAAGAAGAUCUCUAAAGUGUCUGGCGCUCCUCCCUCACCCCGAGACAAACUGUCCUGCUGGGUCUUUGGUGGCAGGAUCACAUUCUUUGGAGGAUAUGGGCACAAACUACGAAAUGACAUCAACAGGAGGAACUUCAUCCUGGACGAGGCAUCGUGGGUGGACGACGUCUACUGGGGCUGGAACAACGAAGUCCAUGUGUUCGACCCCAAUCAUGCCAGUUGGACGGAGCCCCAGACUAAUGGCCGCCCCCCCGCCCCCAGGGCUGCCCAUGCCAGCGCCACCCUGGGUUCUAAAGGAUACGUUUGUGGAGGAAGAGUGAUGGAAACGAGGACCAAUGAUGUCCACUGUUUGGACCUUGAGACAUGGACAUGGGCGGAAAUAGUCUCUCCGCUCUCAGCUGUUCCAGUAGGCAGAUCUUGGCAUUCACUCACUGCGGUUGCUGAUAGCUCCUUAUUCCUGUUUGGAGGACUAAGUGUGGACUGCAAACCAAUGAGUGACGGCUGGCUGCUUAAUGUUGAAACAAAGAAAUGGCAGGAGAUUAGCCACCCUUACGAGAACAAGCCAAGGUUGUGGCACACAGCCAAUGCAGGCAAGGACUCCGAUGUGAUCGUGUUUGGUGGAAGUUGUGACUACAUACUUCUAGUUGAUACAGGUCAUUGCAAUGAUGCACUAGUUUUUCAGACCGAGCCAUAUCCUCUAUUCAGGUCUUGUGUGGAUUACAUUGCUAAGAACGUCAGUAUAUGCAAGAUGCUUGGAGACCAGAUUCCUCUCCUGCCCUCCAAGCUUCAACACAUAGUGCACAGGAGAAUGAGUUAUUACAGGCCACCGAAGAACAGAACACCACUUGAAUGAUUUUUCUCUUAACUGCUCUAUAUUGGUUUAUAAUUGCUACUUUCUUUUAAAAUCAAGUCUUAGAAUCUGGGGUUGUAUUUAACUUGGGGGAAAUUAUAUAUUUUAUUGUUUUAUUUAUAUUGUGCCAUCUAUUUUGUAUUUUUUGAAAGAAAAAAUAUUUUAUGUUACCUGCGUUAAAUAAAUGGCACAUGAGUUUUAUGUAUUGUCAGAUCUUAACAGGCAUCUAGUAAAACUUUUACUUUAAUACCAA